AUGUCGGAGCAAUUUCUGAACUCUUUGAAGGCACGCCGCUCAAUUUAUGCGUUGGGUAAUAAAUUGCCUCUGCCAGAAGAAAAGGUGACUGAGUUAAUAAAGGUAGCAGUAAGGGAAUCCCCAUCAUCAUUCAACUCCCAGUCUUCACGGGUUCUUCUUCUUUAUGGGGAACACCACAAGAAAUUGUGGGAAAUUGUGAAGGAUGCGGCCAAGGCAGUGCUCUCUGCGCCGGCUUUCGCUGCCACAGAACAGAAAGUAAACAAGUCUUUUCUUCCCGGUGCUGGUACAGUGCUGUUUUAC